AUGCUGUAUUCAUUGCGUGCAGCCCCAUAUUCAUUCACCUAUAUUGCAAACAGCCAACAAUCGCUGCUAAAUACUCACAUGCAGCAUAUCCUGAUUUUCCCGAUGGAUUGGAAGGAAAUCAAAGAGUUAUCUAAGGAGAUUGUGUAUCUGAUGGUGGGCAAUGACUCUUUCAAAGCAUACAACGAAAAGAUAGCCAGAAUGCAAAUGCAUUCAAUAGACUAUUUCUUAGUUGGUGGUGAGAGUGUGAUCAAGGGAAGCAAAAGAUACCAUUGCUCCUGUAACUACAAAGCCUGUUGGCACAUAAUCAGUGUGGUUCUUCAAUCAAGCAGCAUAAGUGAUUCUUGCACAGAGACUCACACAACUGUGUCAAAUAUACCUGAGAUUUAA